AUGUCGUCGUUUAAAUCACCAUUGAAACUUGGUCCGUUGGAAUUAAAAAAUCGUGUUAUUAUGGCAUCAUUAACACGUGAUAGAAAUCUUGUGCCUGGUGAACUUCAAGUAAAAUAUUAUACACAACGAGCUGGUGCAGGUCUUAUUCUUACUGAAGGUACACUUAUCGAACAACUUGGAUCAGAAUGGAGCGAAGCACCUGGUAUCUAUACAGAUGAACAAGUAGCUGGCUGGAAGAAAGUUGUCGAUAGUGUUCAUGAUCAUAAUGGUCUUAUAUUUUGUCAAUUAUGGCAUAUUGGACGAGUAGCUCAUCCACUUCUUCAAAAUGGUCGAUCUAAUGUUGGACCAUCAGCAAUCGCUGCUAAAGGUGGUAAAUUUCGACAAUUAGAAGGUAAACCUGGUUAUGUUACACCAGAAGCUAUUGAUGAUCCAGAACAUUAUAUUGCUUUGUAUAAACGAGCUGCAGAACGUGCAAAAGAAGCUGGAUUUGAUGGUGUUGAAUUACACAGUGCAAAUGGUUAUUUAUCUCAUCAAUUUAUUGAUAAUACAUCAAAUCAUCGAACAGAUCAAUGGGGUGGAUCAAUAGAAAAUCGAUGUCGUUUUCCUUUACGUAUUAUUGAUGAAAUUUGUGGUGUUUAUGGAAAUGAUCGUGUUGGCAUCAAAUUAUCACCAGGUGGUGGUUACAAUGAUAUGGGCAUGUCUCCCAAAGAUACAAAUGAGACUUAUGCAUAUAUAAUCAAAGAAGUCAACGCCAGACAAAUUGCUUACAUACAAAUAACACGUUAUUGGGCUUUAGGAGAUCCAGUAAAGCGUGGAGCUGAUGUUGAUAUAUUCCAAUGGAGGGGUUUAAUUGAUUCGAAACAUACAAAGUUUUUUGUCAAUGCAGACUAUGAUUAUGAACAAGGUGCAAAAGUCUUAGAAGCUAAUCUAGCUGAUGCAGUUGUAUUCGGGCGAUUGUAUAUUUCAAAUCCAGAUUUAGCUGAACGUUUGAUCAAUAAUCAAAAAUUAAAUACAAAUUUUGAUUUCAAAACAUUCUACGGUGGCAAUGAAAAAGGAUAUACUGAUUAUCCAACAUAUAAACAAUAA